CGACUGCGCAGGCGCCGAUGGCACCGUGUUGACCAGUCCCUCCGCGCUGGGAUGGCGUUGGCUGGGUCAGCUGGGAGCAGCCUUGGGGCUGGAAGAGGCGACGCGGCAGCAGCAGCAGCAGGAGCAGCCUUCCAGGGCUCCCCUUCCCUUUAAGCAUGGCUGGGGAAGGAGGUGGCGGAGGAGGAGGAGGAAGAAGAGGAGGAGGAGGAGGAGGAGGGAGGAGGAGCGGCUGAGCCAGGCGGGGGUCUGCCGCACUGACAAGGACUCCCUCUCUCCUUGCUUCCCUCCCUCGGGAUCCUGCGAAGAUGGAUGGGGGCCCUUGCCCGGGCUUCUCCAGCCUGAAGGAGGUCCAGUGGAGCGCCCUCUCCGUGCCUUUGGACCUGCUGGUCAGCACCUACCGCCUGCCUCAGGUGGUCAAGCCCGACGGCGGAGAACUUAUAGAAGGUCUCAGAGACAGCGAUUACCUUUUGAUUCAUUCUUGCCGACAGUGGACAACCAUUACUGCUCACAGUCUGGAGGAGGGUCAUUACGUCAUAGGGCCAAAGAUAGAAAUUCCUGUGCAUUAUGCCGGGCAGUUUAAGCUGCUGGAACAAGACCGUGAUAUUAAGGAGCCUGUGCAAUAUUUUAACAGUGUGGAGGAGGUGGCUAAAGCAUUUCCUGAACGAGUUUACGUCAUGGAGGAAAUAACGUUCAACGUUAAGGUGGCUUCAGGUGAAUGCAAUGAAGACACGGAGGUCUACAACAUUACACUCUGCACUGGGGAUGAGCUAACCUUAAUGGGACAAGCAGAAAUCCUUUAUGCAAAAUCUUCAAAGGAGAAAUCACGGCUCAACACCAUCUUCAAGAAAAUUGGGAAGCUUAAUUCCAUCAGCAAAUUGGGCAAAGGCAAAAUGCCUUGCCUGAUUUGCAUGAACCACAGGACCAAUGAGAGCAUUAGCCUUCCUUUCCAGUGCAAGGGCAGAUUCAGCACACGCAGCCCUUUAGAGCUGCAGAUGCAGGAGGGCGAGCACACAAUUCGCAACAUAGUAGAAAAAACACGCCUCCCUGUCAAUGUGACUGUGCCAUGCCCUCCACCACGAAAUCCUUUUGAUUUGCAUUUUGUCCGAGAGGGGCACCGCUACAAAUUUGUGAACAUUCAAACCAAAACUGUUGUGGUUUGCUGCGCGCUGCACAGUAACAAAAUUAUUCCAAUGCACUUCCCUUUGCAUUUAGCUCUUCCAAAGUUCACCCUCCCAGAAAGCCUUGUGAAAGGGGAGGUAUGGCAUGAAUCUUUUGUCAAGCACUGGUUCAGCCUCUGUCAAGAGCAGUUUGAUAUAGAUGAGUAUUCACGUGCUGUGAGAGAUGUGAAGGCUGACUGGAAUGAAGACUGCAAAAGCCCGCAGAAGAGUCGGCCUACUAGCCACAAUCAUGUGCCAAACUCUCUCAGUUAUGCUCGAGAUGAAUUGACCCAGUCCUUCCAUCGCCUCUCUGUGUGUGUUUAUGGGAACAACCUCCAUGGAAACAGUGAGGUGAACCUUCAUGGAUGCAGGGACUUGUGUAACGAGUGGACUUUGUUCUCCCAUGAUGCUCUGCAAUACCAGGAGGCUGGAGAUGGGAGCAAUGACUACCUUUUCCCUGAAGUUGGUGAAGAAUCAUUAUGUUUACCUACGAAAUCAGAACUUCCUUAUGAAGAACUAUGGCUAGAUCAAGGGGGUGGGAAAAUGAAUGAUCAGCCACUUACUCGUUCACAGAGUGAAAAGAACAAAUGUGACAACUAUAGAAGUUCAUUCCGGUCCAAGUGUGGAAAUCCUUGUCUUCCAGCCCCGGGAUCAUUAACAGCGACAUCAAAAUCUUCAGAUGUUGCCCUACCUCCACCACCUGUGCCUCCUAAAUCUGAAGCAGUCAGAGAGGAAUGUAGGCUCCUGAAUGCUCCACCUGUUCCACCACGCAGCUCAAAGCCAACAUCCACCAGUCCUUCUAUUCCUCCACGGACAAUAAAACCAACCCGGCAGCAGACCCGCUCUCCUAGUCCAACACUCUCAUACUAUUCUUCAGGGUUGCACAACAUCAAUGCUGCUGAAGGAGAUGUGGAAAUUCCCACCGAGAGCCCUGCAGCCGUGUGUUUUCCAUGCAGCACUGUGAAAGCUGACCUGCAAGAUCUUGGCAGCAAAUUGCCUGUGGGGAACUCUUCUGUUGAUGCUUUACCCUCUCGACUGUCAUGGCCAAAUCAUUUUUCUGGAGCUUCUGAAGGGCUCAAUAGGAGUGAUUUUCUACUAGAUUCAAACAGGAGCUACAGUUAUCCAAGGCAGAAGACGCCCAGCACACCAAAGAAAAACUCUCCAGCACCUUUCACAUUUGAUUUCAGCCGAAGUGAACUCCCUACAGGGAAUGUACUGCCAGCUACAGAAGUAGACCUUAGCUCUGCUGGGUCUAGUUGUCCAAAGUCAGCAAGUUACUCUCUUGAGUGCACUGAUGAGAAAACUCUGGCAGUAAGUAGCCCGCCUCAAUCUCUCUCAUGCCCUGCCUUACCUCCUCGAGCCCCCAAAACAGCGGAUGAGAAGUCAGGUCUUGACUUGCCUCUCAGAAUAGAUGGUGCUGAGGAAGAUCCUCAGUCAGGCUCCCCAGACCUUUCUGAAGAUCAGUACCUCGGGAGGAAAGGAGUGCCAGACAUCUUUUCCAUCUCUUAUCCUUUCUCAUCCCCUCUUCAUCUCCAGCUAGCACCAAGGUCUUGUGGAGAUGGCUCUCCUUGGCAGCCACCUGUAGAUCUAUCCGGACUCUCAGUAGAGGAAGUAUCCAAAUCUCUGAGAUUUAUAGGCUUAUCAGAGGACAUUGUAACAUUUUUUGUUACUGAGAAGAUUGAUGGCAACCUGCUUGUUCAGCUCAAUGAAGAGAUCCUUUCUGAGGACUUCAAGCUAAGCAAACUACAGGUUAAGAAAAUACUGCAAUUCAUUAAUGGCUGGAGGCCUAAAAUGUAGUGCUCUGCUUGUUCAGUGAAAGUCAGAGAAGUGUGCUGGAAGCAUUGGGACUAACACCAUCUGACAUACUUUUUAGCUUUUUGGGGAAGAGGUUGCACUAAGAUCCUCCUCCUUCUCCUCCUCUCUUGUCUAAAUAGUAGGAAAAGAAGAAUCUUACUAUGCAGAUAGUUUUGAAUGAUGAGUAAAUGCUUUUGUACAUAGUAGAAAAAUAAAGGUGUGCCUUGCACAUCCCAAAA